AUGGCAGCGAUAGGCGGCCGGCUUGGCUGGUUCUUUGCUGUCUGCAAGUAUUACAUAGGAGCUGCCUUCAGGCGUUAUCAGAAGUUGAGCAUUCACGGUAAACUCUUCAUCUGGGCCACAGCAUGUCUCUAUCUUAUUCUCGGUACCAUUUUUAUUCUCAUUGGACCUGGCCGAAUCGGCCAGAGCCUUUAUAACCUGGCACAGAGGAUCAGCCACCUUUGGUACGGAUGGAUAUUACUCGGAUGCAUCCUCACAAUAAUAUCCUUUCCCCCGUGCAUCGGACAUACGACCGUUGUCACACUAUGUGGCUAUGCGUACGGCAUGAAGGGGUUUACCAUAGCUGCAGGCGGAUCACUCUUGGGCUCUGCCUUCUCCUUCACUGUCUUGCGCUUCCUCUUCAGCGAGAGACUUCGACAGUGGUCGUCGUCCAAUGAGAAAUGGCAAGCUCUGGAGACCGUUAUUGCUGCCAAGGGUCUGCCGUUGAUCGUCUUAAUCCGUGCAUCACCAUUCCCUCCUUGGGUCUACUCGAAUGCACUGUUCGCUUCUAUAGAGGCUGUGUCUCUUUGGCAGUUCUUCCUGGCAACUUUUGUUGUAUUCCCUAAGAUUGCACUUUUCGUUUUCGUAGGCUCUCGUCUUGCGUCUCUCUCUGACGGUGAACAACGAAGCCACAUGGAUAAUUCAACCGUAAUCCUCAAUGCGGUGGUAUCCGUAGGAGGGUUGCUUCUCGGUGCUACUGCUAGCUGGGUCAUUUAUCGGGCCAUGACGACGGAAAUACGACGGUUACAAGGUCUUUCCCCAAGGAUCGACGAACUAGCUGCAGAGGCUAUUGAAGAAGCCGAAGAGGAUGCGCCUCUGCUAGGCAGCUACCAGAACACGGUUCCGCGGUCCCCCGUUUGA